AGCCACAAGUCUUUCCGCCUCCAAAUGCUGAUUGCAGAGUGAAGAGAUUAUGGUGGACUGACAAAUGCUGUCUCUGGAGCCUGGAAAUUGACCGGAUUGCCUGAUUUUCCCAUGCUUCAGCUAACCAAAAGAAGGAGGAGGAAAAAAAAUCAGCCCAGCAUGACUGUUGCUUCCAGUUUCUUAUUUGCACUGAAUCUCCUCUCCUAGAUGCUUGAUGGUUAUUACUUUAGAUUUACCAAUCGAGAUAUAUUUUCAAGCUGGAAUUCUCCUGCCCCAAAGAUGCUACUGGUGACUGCUGGCUUGCUAUGAAGGAGCAUUUGGUUAUCUGAGUAAAACUUUUACCUGGUCCUUAUGCAUUCGUCUUUGCAAGGGGAGGGAUUUCAUUGAAGAAAAAAGGACAGCAACAGCACCAUCACCUCAGGAACAGCUGGGCAGGGCUUUCACCAAAAUGGCUCAUGUGUUGCUUUGGUUGCUGCUGUGGCUGGGGUUUGGCAUGGUGCAAGCCAACCAGCCACAUCUGGGGAUCCGGGUGCCUCUGAGGAAUCGGGUGGGGACCUUGCAACAGGCCCACAAGAUGCAGCGCUCCGCUGAGGAGGAGCGGGAGGAUUCCAGACAAAGAAACAGUUUUAUGAACAUGAUAGAUAACUUGAGAGGAAAAUCUGGACAGGGCUACUAUGUGGAGAUGACUCUAGGGAGCCCCCCACAAAAGCUGAACAUUCUGGUGGACACGGGGAGCAGUAACUUUGCCGUGGGGGCAGCGCCUCACUCCUUCCUGCGGAGGUACUACCAGCGACAGCUGUCCAGCACCUACCGGGACUUGCGGAAAGGGGUCUACGUGCCAUACACCCAGGGCAAAUGGGAAGGGGAACUGGGGACGGACCUGGUCACCAUCCCCCACGGCCCGAACGUCACCGUCCGCGCCAACAUUGCUGCCAUCACAGAGUCCGACAAAUUCUUCAUCAACGGGUCAAACUGGGAAGGGAUUCUGGGGCUGGCCUAUGCAGAAAUCGCACGGCCUGACGACACCCUGGAGCCCUUCUUCAACUCGCUGGUGAAGCAGACCCGGGUGCCCAACAUCUUCUCCCUGCAGCUCUGUGGGGCCGGCUUCUCUCCCAACGAGUCCGAGGCCCUGGCGUCGGUCGGGGGCAGCAUGAUCAUCGGGGGCAUGGACCACUCCCUCCACAUUGGCAGCAUCUGGUACACGCCCAUCCGCAAGGAGUGGUACUAUGAGGUCAUCAUCGUUAAGAUGGAGAUCAAUGGGCAGGACCUGAAGAUGGACUGCAAGGAGUAUAAUUACGACAAGAGCAUCGUGGACAGCGGGACCACCAACCUCCGGUUGCCAAAGAAGGUGUUUGAGGCUGCAGUGAAAUCCAUCAAAAUGGUGUCUUCGACGGAGAAGUUCCCGGAUGGCUUCUGGCUGGGGGAGCAGCUGGUUUGCUGGCAAGUCGGCACCACCCCCUGGCAUAUCUUCCCAGUCAUAUCACUCUACCUGAUGGGCGAGGCGACAAACCAGUCCUUCCGGAUCACCAUCUUACCCCAGCAAUACCUGCGCCCCGUUGAGGACGUGGCCACAUCCCAGGACGACUGCUACAAGUUCGCCAUCUCCCAGUCCUCCACAGGCACCGUCAUGGGCGCUGUCAUCAUGGAAGGCUUCUACGUGGUCUUCGACCGCGCCCGCAAGCGGAUCGGCUUUGCUGUCAGCACCUGCCAUGUGCACGACGAGUUCCGGACGGCGGCGGUGGAGGGGCCCUACAUGCACCCCAACAUGGAGGACUGCGGCUACAACAUCCCGCAGACGGACGAGUCCACCCUGAUGACCAUCGCCUACGUCAUGGCGGCCAUCUGCGCCCUCUUCAUGCUGCCGCUGUGCCUCAUGGUCUUCCAGUGGCGCUUUUUCCGCUGCCUGCGGCGAGACCACGAUGACUUCGCCGAUGACAUAUCCUUGCUCAAGUGACGCCCGCUCUGCUGGCGCGAGGGAGCAGCCGGUGGGGGGAAGGCAGGGAGGGAGAGCAUGAGCUGAGCUCAUCGGCACAGGCUCCUCUGCCCACAGAGUUUGGCUGAGGCUGGAAACAGCACCAGCCAUUGCCCCAGGCCAGAGCCGGGUCUGUUCUUCCCCUUCCCCCUCCAGCGGCUCAGCCAACACUUCCUGGAGCUGUUGGCUCUGCCCUGGAAGCGGGCACCGGAACAGCACCGCAGGGGUUCUCAGCAGCAGGCCAGGACACUGGGCCUGUUGGCAGGUUUAUACGGUCAACAUUGAAGCUUGCUCGCUGUUUAACUUCCCUCUGCGUGUGGCAGCCCCGGAGAGCCUGGGAAUCAAACCCCUUUGGUCUCUGGCCAACGUGGACUCGCUCCCUCUCCCUGUUUGGGAUACAGCCUCGCCAAACCACAGCCCUUGUGCUCCAGGAUACUCCUAGGCCACACUCUACGCCCGGGCUCUGACUCACAUUUGAGCCCAAGCCCCACUUCCGUCCACACAUAAACCCGUCUGACUCGGGUCAGCCAGCACUCAGGACCCUGCUGGGGGUAGGUCUGAGCCCUACAGGCUCGGGUCCAAGCCCUGUUACUUUGCAGUGUGGACACAGCUCAGAGCUCAGGCCCGAGUCGGACGGUCUGUGUUGUUCAGCAUGGACCCGGGAGCACGGCUGGGAGAGCCGGGUACAGCAGCUGUCAGCCCAGGUUUACAGUGCAGCCUGGAAACACCAGGUGCACAGCCCAGGUCCACCAGACCCGAGUUUACAAUGGAGCAUAGACACACACCCAGAGUCUGUAGGGGAAUCAGCCCGGGUCUGAGCAUUGCUUGUUAGCUGCUGCUGCUGCAAAGCCAGCAGAGGGAGCCCGAAACAUUGUUUUUGUUUAGGGCCUACAUAACCCAUGGUCAUUACAUCUUAAUAGUUUGGGUUUUCAAAUAUUGUGAACAGUUGUAGAUUCUAAAAUAGCCAUUUAAAAUCCAGGGGAUAUUCCUCCCCAGGCAACCACUAAUUUAUGAUGCCAGCAGGUCAUGACCUCUCCCAGGAGGUGCCCCUUUCAAAUCUCCAAGCUGGAAAGAUCUACCCAAUAUUACCUUCACUCCCGCGUCGGGAGGGACUGGGCCUCUCAGCUAGAGCCCAGGAGCUGCGGUGAGCCUGGCCUCUAGCAGCGAGUCAGCCUAACAACGCAGCUCCCCUUUCCCCUGGUGGGCACUGCUGGGACAGACACACACUGGAAUUUAGGAGGGUCCAUGCAGUGCAGUCCAAUGCAGUGUGUGUGCGUGUCGCUGUCCUGUUUGCUGCAGCCCCCUUCUCCCCACCCCACCCACCCUCAUCCGGUCCCCGUGGGAUGCCUACAUGAGCUGGACUCAACCCCUUGCAUCUCAAGGGCCCUUGGCCAUGGUGAAGCGGGAGCAGAGAGAACGGAUCUUCCCCCAACUGGCUCCUGCAUCUCUUCUGCGCCUCACUGCCCUGGCUCUGGGGGCCCCACUCGGGCCAGCCCCCUCCUUACAGGGGGGUUGAAGGCUGUGGUGUGCAGCCAGUGGCUUAAUGGGUAAUGAAAGAGGUGCUGAGGCUCAAGCCAUUUUUUAACUUUCAGAACUGACACAACAAACCCUGAACUGCCGAGCCUCGCUGUGCUGGGGCUCAGCCCUGGCAAGCCCCGGCACAAAUUAGGCACUGUGUGCAGCCACCACAAUCCCAUGCUGUUGUACAGGGAGCAGGACAGCCGUCCCAGCAGUGAGUGCCGGGGUCUGCCGGUGGGCCGAGGAGCUUUCUCUCCAGGCCAGCUCUCCGUGCCUGGGCUGGAGACGGACUGCUCGCUGCGGGCUGGUGGAGUGAAGUCUGGGCACCUCAGGCUGCAAGGGGGGUCUCGGCUCCACAGCUUGCAGCUUAGACCAGUCGAUGUAGGGGUAGGUCGCUUCCCCAUCCUGCAGCUCAUAGGGAACAGCUGCUUCCCUGCACUCCCCAGGAGAAGUGCCGCUAAGGGGGCAGCUCUGGCAGCCCCUGCUGGCAGGACCGGCUCUAGGCCCCAGCAAAGCAAGCACGUGCUGGGGACGGCACAUUUCCAGGGGCGGUAUUCCGGCCAUCCUUUUUUUCGGGGCAGUUGUGCUCUUGGAGCUGCGCCCCUUCGACAGGGCGAGGGCACCGCGCCCCCGGCCACAGUGGGAAGGGGAAGCCCCAGCCCCGGGAUGCUGAGCUGCCAGGGCCCAGCUGCUAUCUGGGGAGGAGAGGGCGAAUCCUGCCGGGGAGCCAGGGCUGCGCCACCGCAUCUGUGCACCGGCUGCUGCACUGCCUUGUGCCACCCCUUAUCUCGGGGCUUCUCUGCGCAGCCGGGCAGGGGAGGGGGAAAGCCCCUGCAGGCGCUGGGAGAAGGGGACGUGACUCCCUCUGCUUCCAGCACCACCUGCGAACCCCAGCCCCACCUCAGCUUGGGGCGGCAAAAAACCUAGAGCCGGUCCUGCCUGCUGGGAUCAGGGAAGGGAUGGGGGAGAGGUACGAUGUUCUUCCACUUUUCAAUCUCUUGGGCCCUGGGAAGUGGAUUGGGGCAGAGCCCUCUGCCCUCCCAUGCAAGACUGGGGGGAAAGGUGGGGGCAGGGCAAACCAUCCAUUCCCCUCAUCUCUGCCUGGGCUGCAAAUCAUGGGAAAGGGCCUAACCUCCUCUGGCUCCCAGCUCUCCUGCCAAGCACUGCACACAGAAGCUUUCGAUGGGCCUCGCUCUGCAGCACCUGGGGGAGAACCAGCAGCCUCUGCUGGGGCGGGGUGGAACCCAGCCCCAGAACAGGACCAGCAGCCCAGGAAGGUGUGGAAGCCACGAAACCAGACUGUUACCGGGCCUGCUUGGGAAAGCCCCAGGAAAGCCAGAGCUGCGGGUCGUCUCCUCUCGGAGCCCCUCCACAGAAGGCGUGCAGCACAAGACAGGCUUGCCUCACACUGCACCGGUCAUGAGGGGAAACCCCAUUCCCUGCGCUGGACUUAACCAUCCAAGACGAUUAGCUCCUGGAAUAUCUGCCUCUGGCUGCUGUGGGGGAAGGCCCCAGCCCACCACAAUAAAUCGCUUGUUAUUUCAGGGGGUCAGCAGCAGCCUCACCAUCAUCAUUAUUAGUGUGUUUGAAACACAUGGUUUUACUUAAUUUUCCUUGUUUAUAAUGGCAAAGGGCCGGGGAUGCUGUGCUCGAGCAGAGGGCAGCGUGUGUACGUAGCAGGCUGUGCUGUAUGUGAGUGUACCAAUAAUGAAUGCUUCUUGCCUGUACAAUAUAUACAUAUUUUUAUAUUUUUAAUCUAGUGCUGAAAGCCCCUGGUUCAUUGGAAACCCAACUCGAGGGGGUUGGUGGGUUUUUAAGCUCCUUGCUUUGGUUGUGGGCAAAGGGGCCAGGCUGCAAGUCAGGGGUGCUUAGCAGUGGUUUGUCUGAUGGAAGCACUUUAUGGAUCGUUGGCGAUCUGGCAUUUGUUGUGAUGGAUGUAUCACUUGUAAUAUAUCUGGCGAAGGUGAUGGGGGCACUGGGUUGCGGGGGGUGAAAUUAGAUCACGCACACAGCAGUGGUUCACAAGCCAAAAAAAAUAUCGCUCAAGGCUGUUUUUGCUUCUGUCCCAUUUCUGUUCAAGUAGGUUUUCCUACUACAUAAGAACCCCUCAUCCUGAAUCCCAGUGACCAACGCUUGCACAUUUUGCUUCAGUUCUGGUACUAAUUGUUGCUUUAAAAAGCAACUUUGUUUCUUCCCAACCUGGGUUCUUUUCCUACUUAAUCCUGCAGAUGACUCCUCCUGGGGAAUUGGUAACACAGUUGUUCCUAGCCUCAGCACAAGGUGAUGUGUAGGCCUUCAUGGCGAGACUGAAAAGUACUAGAGCAGCCUGGGCAGGGGAAGGUGCUCAGCCAAGCACAAACACCUGAGCUUUUAGUGAAUGAGACAACCGAGGAAACUAGCUGUUUGUAGGAACAUUUGCCCAGCCUGGGAGCUGCUUAUUACAGAGCUUUGCUAAUGCAGCUCCUAAAGGGGACUUGGGGUUUAACGUGCCCCUAAAUGGCCCAGCAAGAUAAAGCUGAGCCAUUCGGGAGGAAUGCAGAACUGUUUCACUUUGCAGAGAGGCUUGGGAGGUGGGGGUUUAGAUCCCAAGUGUACCUCACAAAUGUAUAGUAGCACCACACCCUGCUGUUCUGCAACAGUUUCAUUGUCAGGUGGAAAUGCAGGGGCAGCUGCAACUGUGAAGGAGCUAUUGACUCCUAAAGAGGGUAGAGAAAAACCUCUCUUCAGUGGAAACCUCUCACCUGCUAGCUGGGAUCCAGAGAUGCUGUGCUGGUGGGAGCAGCAUUACUGGAAACUUCCCAUGCACAGUGCAAGAACAGUUCCAAGGGCAGCAAGACAGCGCAAGAUGGAGGGCAGACUGUAGGGCUCUCCUCUCCCCUGACGGCAAGUAACUGACCAUGAGCACUAGCCCCAGCUGAUUCCAAUAUGUGACCCUAGUUCAAUGGCUCCGACAACAGCAAAUCUCCCUACCCUACUUUACUUUUCCUGGGAUGAAUUGGAGAGGAGCUGCUGCCAUGACCCCAAGGGAAGGCUCAACAGGGCUCUGAAGAAUUUCAAGGGGCAGCAGCAAGGAGCGUAGGCCCAAAUUUGAGCCUUCGUGGAGGAGAAAAGAAAGCAUAGGCAGGUACAAGAGGGACUCUGGCAUGAAGUGUUUUCAGGAAUUUUUGCUUUACACAUUGAUGAGAAUCAUCCUUGUUUAAAAAUGUUAACGUUCCCCAGCAGCACAGGCUGGCCUGGCCAGCAUGGGAGAACUAACAGCAUAAAAAGUGACAAGAGCAGGGGUCUACGAAAAUAUUCCUUAAAGAAAGCAGCAAGAAGUCCCUGGAGUGAGGCACUAGCUAAGGAGCCUGCACUGGGUAGCCAGAAACCUUACAAACAGGCCGAACCAAGUGAACUCUGGCUGUGGGUACAGCUGCAGCACCCCACCCCUUCCCACUCUAUGAACCUACUUCGCUGUUGUUUGCAGUGUUGGUCCCAGGGUAAAGAGACACAGGGGGGGUGUCUUUUAUUGGACCAACAUCUGUUGGUGAGACAGACACGCUUUCAAGCUUACGGACAGGUCAGCCCUGCAGAAGAGCUCCGUGUGGCUCCAAAGCGUGUCCUCUCAUCAGCAGAAGCGGGUCCAGUAGAAGAUAUUUCCCCCCCCCAUGUCUCCCUACUUCACGAGACACAGAGGCUUUGCUUUUGCCAGCACCAUCUGGUUCCCAUAACUUGCUCCAGUCCUGCACUCAGGGAGCAACCCGACUCCAACCAAGGGGGAAAUUAUGCAACUGCAACCUCCACACCCCAGUGCCUGCCCAGAACACCUCCGGGACACCACUCAGUUUGGACCACUGCCUUUACAUGUCCGUGUGCGUGCAGAAAUUCACUGAUGGGCCAAACUCAGCCAUGCUGCAGGCAGGUGACACUUCCAUUGACUUCAGUGGAGUUGCAGCUGCUUACACCAGUGCUGACUUUGUCCCAAAGAUUGUGCAGAAUCUACAAAGUAGGGGCCAGAUCCUGAGAGGUGCUGGGCACCAUUAACUCCCAUUGUAAUCAGUAGCGAUCACUCUGGUUAUGCCAGCCCGAUGUAGUAAGAAGUGCUCAGAGGGGGCAAGUUGGGUCUUGAAAGCUUUGUUAUUCUGAGCUGCAGUGCAGCCAGCUUUAUCACCUGAAGAACUCCCUUCCCCUGGGCCCUGAGUUAGAGUAACAGGAGACUGCGAGGACCACACCAUGCGUCCAACUCUCUGUCCAAUUAUUUGGGGAGCAGGACAAGGACUGGGGAUAGUUACUCUUAGCGGCUACUAUAGACUUCCAUACUCUGUAACCCUAAUGUCAAUGUAUGAAUAAUGAAUGUUACACAGUAAAUUAUUACAUUAAACAGAAAAGCCUUGUG